AUGCCAAGCUGCCCAAAUUGUGAGAAACCUGUGUAUUUCGCCGAACGAGUGUCAUCUCUCGGAAAGGAUUGGCACAGACCUUGCUUAAAAUGUGCUAAUAAGGCUUGUGGGAAGACUUUAAGUGCUGGAAGUCAUUCUGAGCACGAAGGUAAACCAUACUGCAACCGUUGCUACGGAGCUCUGUUCGGACCAAAAGGAUACGGACAUGGAGGAACAGAAUCACAUACUUUCCUCCAUGGAACUACUGGAAAAUAA